GCGAGCGGGUGGCGGAGGCGGCGCUGACUGGGGCAGUUGAGGCGCGAGGGCGGUCGGCGACUCCCGGGAGCCUGUGGCUUGCACGGGACUGGCGGUUCGCUCGGUCCGGGCGAGAGGCCCAACGGCGGGAGGCAGCAUGUCGGUGGCGGGGCUGAAGAAGCAGUUCUACAAGGCGAGCCAGCUGGUUAGCGAGAAGGUCGGAGGUGCUGAGGGGACCAAGCUGGAUGAUGACUUUAAAGAGAUGGAGAAGAAGGUGGACGUCACCAGCAAGGCAGUGACAGAAGUGCUGGUCAGAACCAUUGAGUACCUGCAGCCCAACCCAGCCUCACGGGCCAAGCUGACAAUGCUCAACACAGUGUCCAAGAUCCGGGGCCAGGUGAAGAACCCCGGUUACCCGCAGUCGGAGGGGCUACUGGGCGAGUGCAUGAUCCGCCAUGGCAAGGAGCUGGGUGGCGAGUCCAACUUUGGUGACGCCCUGCUGGAUGCUGGGGAGUCCAUGAAGCGCCUGGCUGAGGUGAAGGACUCCCUGGACAUAGAGGUCAAACAGAAUUUCAUUGACCCGCUGCAGAACCUGUGUGACAAGGACCUGAAGGAGAUCCAGCACCAUCUAAAGAAGCUGGAGGGCCGCCGCCUGGAUUUCGACUACAAGAAGAAGAGGCAGGGCAAGAUCCCCGACGAGGAGCUGCGCCAGGCCCUGGAGAAGUUCGAGGAGUCCAAGGAGGUGGCAGAGACCAGCAUGCAUAACCUCCUGGAGACCGAUAUUGAGCAGGUGAGCCAGCUCUCGGCCCUGGUGGAUGCACAGCUGGACUACCACCGGCAGGCCGUGCAGAUCCUCGAGGAGCUGGCCAGCAAGCUGAAGCGCAGAGUGCGGGAUGCCUCCUCACGUCCGAGGCGGGAGUACAAGCCCAGACCCCGGGAGCCCUUUGACUUGGGAGAGCCUGAACAGUCCAACGGGGGCCUGCCCUGCACCUCGGCACCCAAGAUCACAGCUUCCUCGUCUUUCCGGUCUUCGGACAAGCCCGUCCAGAUCCCCAGCAGGAACAUGCCACCCCUGGACCAGCCAAGCUGCAAGGCACUGUAUGACUUUGAGCCUGAGAACGAUGGUGAGCUGGGCUUCCGCGAGGGCGACCUCAUCACACUCACCAACCAGAUAGACGAGAACUGGUACGAGGGCAUGCUGCACGGCCAGUCAGGCUUCUUCCCCCUCAGCUACGUGGAGGUGCUUGUGCCCCUGCCACAGUGAAGCCCACACUCCUGUUCCAUCUGCCCUCCAUACUGACUGGCGUCCAUCCGGCCUAGGGCUUCUGCAUUCCACUUGGCGCCUUACUGGGCUGCAAAGGGCCAGCCAGGGGGUAGCUCACCUUCUGGGCAGGUGAGGCCCUGUUUACACAGGCGCUGGGGCUCACCAGCAGGAUAGCAAUGGCGGCAGGGCUCCCUUCCACGUGGGGCUAACACUAAGGUGCUGUCAGAAACACUAACGUUCCUCCUGCUCCUCCAGGAUGGUAAUUGUAACUUUAGGGAGGACCCUCUUCUCCCAUUCCCUCCCACCCAGCCCCACUGUUCUGACUCCAUGGGACCCAGCUCCAGGCUGGCUGCCAGGAGGCCUGCUGCCUUAAUAGGGUGGGGUGGGUCUGAGGCUAGACCCCUGGCUACUCCCUGCCCCUGGUUUUUAAUCCUUUCCCAGCCCGUUGCUGGCAAUGGGCCCCAGCCCCCACUCCAGGUUUUCCUGGUGGCCCAGGGGCACUGCCCCCUGCCUUGCACACACUAGCUAUCCCAUGGGAAGCUGGAGCCCCUCACAAUUUCCAGCCUGCUGUCAACUCUGCCUGUACCCAGGCAGAGGCAGCUGGAGCUCCCAGGGGCUGCCCUACCCAGCAAGCCUCAAAAUAGGACCCAGCCCUGCUCUCCAGAUGUCUCAGCCUUCCUCACCAGGUGCUGAGCUCCCAGCCACCCCUCUCCAGCUCGCAUCCCCACUGCCCAGCCUCAGAGCACAUGGAGGUGUUUCCUCUGGCACAACUGCCACCACCAGCUGUGCACACAGACCAUAGCCCAGCCUCCACAAGGGCUCUGAAGAGAAUGUCCCCAGACCCCUGGCUGCUGGCACCUCCCCUCCCUGACUGCCGCCAUUGCUGCCUUGUCUGUGGUGAAUCCUGCGCCUUCUCUAGGGAGGCAGGCAGCUGCCAGGGACCCCAAGGUACCUGGCUGACUUUGUUUCCCUUACCUAACCCAGCCUUUGGCUGACUGGAGGCUUCUGGGACCGACCAUGCUCAACAUUCCCUCCCCAGGGCCCUGCCACGCCCAUGGCCAGGCUCUGCCCCUUCAUCCCCAUCACGUGGGAGGCACAGCCUCGUCAUGGUCCAAGGCAAGGCCACAUGUACUCCUGAUUUUUUUUUUAAAAAGUAUUAAAAUGUGUCUUUCUACAGCCUUACCUUGUCU